AUGGAUUUGUUACAGGUUACCUCCCUGUUGCCUGUAAGACAAUCAUCCACCGUUAAUCAAUCACAGACCGCUCUGGCACCCUCCCCCGACCCACCCGCACGUCCUCUCCCUUGCUACAGCCCGCCGCCUUCCCCCUCGACCCGUGCCUCCCCCUCUCCACGCCCCAGCGGCCGCCGCGGCCCCCAAAGCCUUCACCCUCCUUUGGCCGCCCCUCAAGCGUUGGCCGGCGGAUCCGCGCCGUCCCGGCCGCCGCUCCGUCCUCGCCUGGCCGCCAUCCGCGCCGUCUCGACCGCCGAUCCGCGUCCCCGGCCGCCGUCCGUGCCAUCCUCGUCGCGCCGCCGCUCCGUCCCGGCCGCCGUCCCGACCGUCGAUCCGCGUCCCCGGCCGCCGUCUGCGCCCUCCUCGCCGCACCGCCACUCCAUCCCCUGCGGAUCCACGUCGGCCCGGCUACCGUCCGCGCCGCCCGGACGCCGAUAUACAUCCAGCCGCCGCUCCGUCCCCGGCUCCGCGCUGUCCUCGCUCCCUGGUCGUCGCCUCCCCAUCCCUGAUGGAGGGGCUGUGUUCACGCACUCCCUUGAGAGGCUGCGCGCGCCCGGCGGGGCGGAGCUCGACGUGCCCUGGCUCACGGCCCCUUCAACCUCACCUCGCGCAUGCCGUUCUUCCUCGCGGGCGGCGCCAUCAUCCGCGCCACGCAGGUGAGCAUAUAUGGAUUUGGUGAAAAGAAAAGGUGGUAGGUCUCGAAUUCAAAGACAUGUCAAACACCACCAAUCUUGAUCUACUAUAUGCCCGUGCAGCACUGAAGGUAAUUCUUUCAGUUUCUUUGUUCACUUAUGGUGUGCAGGGUUUGUCUUAGUUAAUUUAUUCAUGUACAUGGAUUUUGUUGGUGAUAAUGCUAGAUGGCACCACUGUAGAUGCUCAGCUCCUUUUCUUAGGCUUAGUUUACUGAGUACCAGUCUCGAAUAUGUCAUCAGAUGUUUACUAAAUUAGUUUGACCAAUGCCUCUUUUGGUGACUAAUAAGUGUCAUGUUUUAAUUUCUAGACUAGAAGCAGAGGACCUAAAAAGGAUGAACUACACAUCAUUACCUUUAUUUCAUGUUCAGAUGUCUAGAAGUAGAGGACCCUUAAGCUUUGACAGCAUCUUUAUUUCAUAAAUGAUUGAUAUUUGUAAUUUAUCCGUCAUGUUUAUUGUUGUAAUUGGGGAGCUUAUAGUCAGUUUAGGUUGCAGACUAAUUUCAGAGGGGAUCAAGGAAACUUGUAGCAGGUUCUGUAUGCGUUUUGAGGCCAGUAUGGUGGCAUAAGUUCUGCCUAAGUACAGCCACAGUCAUCAUCAGUUGACCCACCUUGUGCUCUUGCAAAUGAUUUUCUUACAUGAGACCAGUUCAAAAGGUUCGUGGAAAGUAUAAAUACAUUAUUUUGAAGAUAGAUGACAACUUAACAAAUCAUCUGCUGCUGGGGAUUGCACCAACUAUUCUCAAGAGCAGUAAGCUAGGGGGCAUGCAGCUGAAGGAGGCAGCAAAUGAGAAGAGCUGAAAGGUGUCCUCACUUUGUCAUGUAUCAUUAUCACAUUUAUUAUAUUAAUCAAACAUAAGGAAAGCAUCCUUCAGAACAAGAAGAAAAGUGUCCCUACUUUGUUGACUUAGUUGCCUUGCAUUUGGCAUCUUGUGAUAUCUAUGUUUGAUAUUAAUUUUGGAUAAAUUGCUAGCCUUUGAUGACCCUGAUACACCAGGACGUAUGCAUAUGAGGGCAGGGGCAAAGAUCGAGUAGGCAGUCCAUUUUUUUUUCUUUUAGAAUGGUUUGUACUAUGAUGCAUUUCCCCUCCAUUUUUGUACUUGGAUGGAUACAGCAGGGCGUAUUUGUUAGAAACUGAGUUGUUGAGCUUUCCUGAAAA